GCAGAAUGACAGUCUAUUGUUUUUUCUUGGCUGUGGUUUUCAAUGCUAGCUGUUUUAUAUACAGGUUUACAAUAUAAUAAACCAGUACCUAAUUAAUAAAAUUAUUUUAUAGGGAAUGAUUAUUCCAUUUGUAAAUACCAAAUAAUAGGGAGUGAUUUCAGAGUUAAUGUAAAAGUAGACAUUACGGUUUGUAAUAUAUUUAGUUCUCUAAAAUUUUCGUUUACUCACGUUGAAUAUGGCCGGUGGUAUUUAUUCUCGUUAAAGACUAUUUUUUACACACAGGAUUGGAUAGAAAAUUACAUUACAUUUGCUUUUUAGUGUGUGUUUAAAACAAGCAAUUACAGAAUGGCUAGUGUGUCUUAUCAAAUUGCAAAUCUUCUGGAGAAGAUGCAGUCUUCUGAUAAAGACUUUCGAUUUAUGGCUACAAACGAUUUAAUGACAGAACUUCAGAAGGAUAGUAUUAAGUUAGAUGAUGAUUCUGAACGUAAAGUUGUUAGAAUGCUACUUAAACUUCUUGAAGAUAAAAAUGGAGAAGUGCAGAAUUUAGCUGUUAAAUGUUUAGGUCCUUUGGUUAAUAAAGUCAAAGAAUAUCAAGUAGAAACUAUUGUAGAAGCUCUUUGUUCAAAUAUGAUUUCGGAUAAAGAACAAUUGAGAGAUAUAUCAAGCAUUGGACUUAAAACAGUUAUUUCUGAAUUACCUCAAGCUCCUGGUGGAUUAUCAAGCAACAUUUGUAAAAGAAUAACGGGACAUUUAACAACAGCAAUUGAAAGGGAAGAUGUCUCAGUACAGUUGGAAGCACUAGACAUAGUUGCAGAUUUAUUGUUUAGAUUUGGAAGUGUUUUGUCAUCAUUUCAUCUUACAUUAAUCAAUGCUCUUUUACCACAAUUAAGUUCAUCAAGACCAGCAGUUAGGAAACGUACUAUAGUAGCACUAAGUAACUUAGUUUUGUCUUGUAAUAUAUCUUUAUAUAACAAGCUUAUUGAUCAUCUACAUGAGGGGUUAUCCAAAACUGCUAGUACCACACAGACAAGAACAAAUAUUCAGUGCCUAGCUGCAGUUUGUCGACAGUCUGGUCAUAGGUUUGGAGAACAUAUUGAAAGGUUUGUGCCACUUCUAAUUGAAACAUUUAGCUAUGAAGAAGACGAUGAACUACGUGAGUUUUGUUUACAGGCUUUUGAAUCUUUUGUUCAAAGAUGUCCAAAAGAAAUUACUUGUCACAUAGGCAAUAUAACAAAACUUUGUGUAGAAUUUAUGACUUAUGAUCCAAAUUAUAAUUAUGAUGAGGAUGAUGAUGUACAAGAUAAAGGAAUGGAUACAGUUGAAGAAUAUGAUGAGGAUGAGGAAAAUGACGAAUAUAGCGACGAUGACGACAUGAGCUGGAAAGUUAGAAGGUCUGCUGCUAAAUGUUUGGAGUCUAUUAUUUCUACAAGGCAUGAGUUGUUAUCUGAAUUCUACAAAUAUCUUUCUCCUGCAUUAAUAAGUAGAUUUAAAGAAAGGGAAGAAAACGUUAAGUCCGAUAUAUUUCAUGCUUAUAUUGCCUUACUUAAACAGACGAGACCUAGCGUUUCUUUAAACGCAGAUCCAAAUUUGAUGGAACAAGAGGAAGCUCCUGCAUGUCUUCUACAGCAGCAAGUUCCACUCAUUGUUAAAGGAUUGCAGCAACAAAUGAAAGAAAAGAGUAUUAAAACUCGUCAAGAUUGUUUUCAACUACUCAAAGAACUGUGCAAUGUACUUCCUGGAGCCUUAACGAACCAUAUAGGCGAUUUAAUAUCUGGAAUUCAAUAUUCGUUAGGCGAGAAGAAUUCCAGCAGCAAUAUGAAAAUUGACGCUCUAGUAUUUAUUCAUUGCCUCUUAGUAACUCACCCUCCAGAAGUAUUUCAUCCACAUAUGGCAGUUCUAUUACCUCCUGUAAUUAACGCAGUUGGCGACAGUUUUUAUAAAAUAACCGCCGAAGCAUUACUAGUUUUACAAGAACUUGUAAAAGUGAUUCGCCCUAUUGGUACAUCAGUCACCUUCAAUUUUCGACCAUAUGCUCAUGAAAUUUACAAUUGUACACUUGUAAGAUUGCGCGCUUCUGAUAUAGAUCAGGAAGUAAAAGAGAGGGCUAUUUCUACCAUGGGUCAGAUAGUUUGUAAUUUGGGCGAUGUCUUACAAUACGAACUUCCCGUCUGUUUACCCAUUUUUCUAGAUCGACUGAGAAAUGAAAUCACUCGUCUUACGACUGUCAAGGCCUUAACUAAAAUUGCAAGGUCUGAUUUGAAAAUUGAUCUACCUAUAAUGAACGAAGCCGUUCCGAUUCUCGGUUCUUUUCUUCGGAAAAAUCAGCGAGCUUUGAAAUUAAGCACACUUUUGCUUUUGGAUUGCCUCAUAAAAAAUUAUCAUAAUUAUAUGUAUGUAGAUUUAUUACAGUAUGUGAUAACCGAACUGCCACCGUUAUUAGAUGAGUCGGAUCUUCAUAUUGCCCAGUGGACUUUAAUUAUUCUUAAAUCAAUAGCCAUUCGACAUCCCGGUGCUCUGCAAGAUAUAUCCAAAAAUAUACUACCACAGAUUAUGAAUCUAGUAAAAUCACCAUUACUUCAAGGAGCUGCUCUGGUUUCAUUGCUUGAGUUUUUCCAACAACUUGUUUUGUGUAAUCUCCCAGGCUUGGGUUUCAAAGAUCUUCUAGAGAUUAUGUUGGCCCCUGUCCAGAAUAUUCAAAAUAAUCAGGGAAACCUUCACAAGCAGGCUUUCUACUCUCUUGCCAAGUGUGUGGCAUCUAUUACAGUAAUUUGUCCACAAGAGGCUUUAUCUGUUGUAAAUCAUUUUAUUCAAGAGAUACAAAGUGCCCAAAGUGACUCUCAGAUGAUUUUUGCUUUACUUGUUAUUGGCGAAAUCGGUCGUAAAGUAGAUCUUACUUCUGUUUCAAAUUUGAAACACGUUAUUUUGCAAGCUUUCUCAGCAGUUUCUGAAGAAGUUAAGUCUGCUGCCAGUUAUGCUUUAGGCAGUAUUGCUAUUGGAAAUUUAAAACAGUUUCUUAUACCAUUUAUUCUUCAAGAAAUUGAUCAACAACCUAGAAGACAGUAUCUCUUACUACAUUCUCUUAAAGAGGUGAUAACAUGUUUAUCUGCAUCUGAAGAAGGCAUUCAGGAAAUAUUACCGUUUGUGCCUGCAAUUUGGCAGCAACUCUUCUGCCAUUGUGAGUGUAGCGAGGAGGGUACUCGUAAUGUUGUUGCUGAGUGUUUAGGAAAACUAACAUUGAUAGAUCCUGUUAAGUUAUUACCACAGUUACAAGUUUCGCUCGAAUCAUCCUCACCAUUAAUGCGUACUACUGUCGUAACUGCCGUUAAAUUUACUAUCUCUGAUCAGCCCCAAGCCAUCGAUCCUCUUUUACGUCAGUGUAUAGGACAAUUUGUUUUGAGUACUUUACAAGAUGAUGAUCUUAACGUCCGACGCGUUGCUUUGGUUGCAUUUAAUUCAGCAGCUCAUAACAAACCAUCAUUAAUACGAGAUCUUUUGGAUACAAUUUUACCGCAACUCUAUAGAGAAACAAAAAUUAAGAAAGAAUUAAUAAGAGAAGUUGAAAUGGGACCGUUUAAACAUACAGUUGAUGACGGUCUAGAUAUUAGAAAGGCUGCUUUUGAAUGUAUGUAUACCCUUCUUGACUCUUGUUUGGACAGGAUCGAUAUAUUCGAAUUUUUAAAUCACGUUGAAGGAGGACUCAAAGAUCAUUACGACAUUAAAAUGUUAACAUAUCUUAUGGUCACUCGACUUUCGCAAAUUUGCCCUGGUGCUGUUUUACAGAGAUUAGAAAGGCUGAUCGAACCAUUAAAGGUUACUUGUACAAUGAAAGUAAAAGCAAACUCGGUAAAACAAGAAUAUGAGAAACAAGACGAGCUGAAAAGGUCGGCUAUGAGAGCGGUAUCUGCUUUAUUGACAAUCGAUGAUGCCGGUAACUUAUCUGUGUUAAAACUUAUCAGCCUUUUCAGGUUUUUUUGUAUAAUUUAUUUUUUUUUAGAUAAAAAUCCGUCUCUCAACGAGUUUGUACAGCAGAUUAAAAAUUCUCCCGAUCUUUUAGCAAUUUUUGAAUCAGUUCAGAAAGAUUCCAGCAGUUCCCAUAAUGAGCAUUUCCCAAUGGAUCAGAGUUAAAAUUUAUCAGUUGUUUUGCGUGUGAAAAUUAUUCAUGUUCUUUGUUUAAUAACGGUGUAUUAAAACCUUACGAAAUAAAAAGUCGCAGUUCUUGGCAACUGUAUAAUGUGUUA